AGUGCUUUCACAUUCGCUCCGUCCAUAAGCUCCCCUGACCUGGAGAUACGCUGUGGAAAUAGACUCCAGGAGGGUAAACCUGUAAGUGAGGGACUGCAGGACGACUCGGAUCUACACUAUGGACAUGUGGAUUUUAUCAGUGGGAUCUGAGGAAAGUAUUGUUCCAACGUGACUCUCAUUCCUGUUCACGUAUCAGAUGACCACUUUUGUCCAGUGAGGAGAUGGCCCAGGUGUACAGACUGUAUAUGGGAAUAUUAACAGGUCUGGCCUUAUGCAAAUACUCCCUGGCCGAAUGGAAUGCCACAGACGAGUCUGCCAAUCGAACUGUGUCCCAGUGUCAUCGUCAUGGCAACGGAGGCAAUUGUACAGACACUUUAGAUAAGGAACAAUGGGAUGACCACUUUUCCAAAUGCCCCGAGGAGCUGAUGUACUACUGCAUCCACGGAGACUGUCGUUACAUUAAAGACCAGAACACACCGUCGUGCAGGUGUCAGCGUGGUUACAUCGGCUCCAGGUGUGAAUACAUGGACCUGGACUGGCUGAAAGGAGACAAAAGACAAAUCCUCAUUAUCUGCGUGGUCACAGGGCUUGUGCUGCUCAUCCUUCUUCUUGUAUUCAUCUGUAUCUGUUCACAGUAA